AUGAGAGUCUUGAGCAUACUGCCAAACCCUCUCUCUCUCUCUCUCUCUCUCUCUCCCACCGUUCUCUCCUCUUCCACCGCCUUACUCCCUUCAAACCGGGCAUCACUGUCGCCGCCAGCCCCCAUCCUCGCCGCCAUUCGCCGCCGUGUAGCUGUUCGCGCCGCCGUCCUCGCCGCUGAGGCCCCCUAUCCCUUUCUCUUCCGCGAACAGCAGCGGUCUGAGGCGCCGCCGCUGAUGUAUCCUUCUCUGAAACUCCGGCGCUGCUGCUUGGUUGGUCCUAAUGGAAUUGGAAAGUCAACGAUACUCAAACUUAUUUCUGGAGAGCUUCAACCAAGCUCUGGGACAGUUUUUCGUUCAGCAAAGGUUCGCAUUGCUGUGUUUAAUCAGCAUCACGUUGAUGGUUUGGACCUCUUUUCAAAUCCACUUCUGUAUAUGAUGCGGUGCUUUCCGGGAGUGCCGGAACAGAAGUUAAGAGGGCAUCUAGGCUCUCUGGGUAUAACAGGGAAUCUUGCCCUUCAGCCGAUGUACACACUAUCAGGUGGUCAAAAAAGCAGGGUUGCAUUUGUUAAGAUUACUUUCAAAAAGCCCCAUAUUUUGCUGCUUGACGAGCCAUCAAACCAUCUUGUUUGCUACAUUGCUGCAGCAGUGUCUCACAGUUGUUACCCUUCAUGGAUGCCUAAUCUAAUUAUGGAUAUUGCUAUGAUGUGUUCACAGUUACUCCAAUGUUUGGCUGUUAUUGCUUUUGUUGGUGGUGAAGAUCCAGAGCAAACGGAAAAAUCAAUGCACAUAAUGUGGCAAGUGGCUCAUCCUAAAUUGGGUGCUAAUGUAUGCAUCCUUGCUAUUAGCUUGAUCCAAAAUAUUUUGAUCUUGAACCGGGCAGCGCUGAAGAGUAAAGAAGAGUUUGGAACAACAUACUUGGCGCCCGUGGCGAUGCUUUUGAGCAUGAGGCAACUAGAAGAAUGCGUAAUGAAUUUAUGGUAGCUUGGGAUGGCUUGAGGUCAAAAGACAACCAGAGAAUCAUAGCAGGUUGAUUAACUAGUUCUUGAGGACUUGGUGCUAGAAACAUUGUAUGAUAGAUUUUUGUUUUAGCUAUAAGGUAGUUGAUAU